AUGAAAAGGCUUACUUCCAUUUCUGCUACACCAAACCGCCAUCACCACCACCAUCAUCAUCAUCAGCAUUCGCAUUCACAUUCCUUUUCAUAUACCAACAACAACACUAAUAAAGAGCGUCUAUUUCCUUUGCAUCGUUCCAUUACAGAAGAUGAUAAAUACCAACAUACGCAUGUCUCUCCUAUCACAAAGUUUGUCUGUAAGCUCUUAGGUUUGGCGGGUCCAUCAUCCUCAUCUUCAACAACUUCAGCAUCCACCACAACGAGACCAAAAUCAUGGCAUAAAUCAAGAUCAACCACAUCAAUUACAAAAAGCUCUGUUACAUCAUCAUACCAACAUACGACAUUGCAUGCUUGUUCUUCUGCUGAAAUUGCAGCUUCAGCAACAGCAAGUCCAUCGGCAGCAACAACAACAACUCCAAGAAAACCAACUGCCAUUACUAUUGUUACACCCAAACCUUGUACACUUACCGCAUCUAUCAUGGAAUGGGACCACCAACAAGAAGAGCAGCCCAAAGUAGAAGAUGAUGUUAUAUCCGUAUCCUCAUCUGAAUCAUCUUCAACAAGCACAAGUGGAACCAUGCAUAGUUCCAUUUCAUCCAUCUCCAAUACCAAGACCACAUCAGCCGCAGUCGAUGCUCUUGUCAUUGCUAGCUUAUUACCGUCUACUACGAAGGCUGCUACUGUAACUAAAACGAGGUCAACAGACGAGCUUGAUGAUAUGCCCUCUAUCCAUUUGAUUGGUCGUCAGUUUGAUAUCAAAACUGCUGUAUUGACAGAGACAAUUGCUGAAAUGGUGCGUCCCUAUAUUCCCAGAAGAUACAGAAUUGCACAAAAAUGGAACCUUUUGUAUAGUCUGGAUCAACAUGGUGUAAGUCUGGCCACACUUUACUCUUGUAUGAAGAGCUUUGAAGGACCAUGUAUCAUGGUUAUAAAAGAUGCACAAAACCAAAUUUUUGGAUCCUACUUGUCGCAUCCAUUUUCAUCACAAAGUCAUUACUAUGGCACAGGAGAAUGUUUUUUAUGGAAAUUAAAUCAACAAGAGCCACAACCCAAAAUCAAAGUUUUCCCAUGGACAGGCAAGAAUGACUAUAUGAUGUUGUCAGAUUCAAAUUUCAUAGCCAUAGGAGGUGGGGAUGGCAAAUUUGGUCUUUGGUUGAACUCUGAAUUGGAGAAGGGACAUAGCAGCACAUGUCCUACCUUUGAUAAUGAGGUCUUGGCUUUGCAACCAGAAUUUCAAUGCAUGGAAAUGGAAGUUUGGGGCCUUUGUAUAUAA